GCCACCUUUCCAAACCGCUACCGGAUUUCGCUGCACUCAGCCUGCAUUGGUGAGCCUGCAAUUUGGCAAAACCUUCCAAUACCUUGGUUGUCCAUCACAAUCUCAAAGGCUCAAGGAACUAUUAUAGUGGCUUGGGAACUUGUCAGGCCCAGUAAUGAUGCUCAGGUUUUGAUUUCAAAUCUGAUCAGUUGUUCUAAUGUUAAAGGCUUUCCAAGAAGUCCGUAGUUCAACCUUUCAACAGAGUUAUCGUUGUUACCCUCUCUCUUUCAUUGAUAAGUCACAUCUGGAAAAGGGUGAUAAAAUAAUUAUGCCUCCCUCAGCUCUUGAUCGCCUAUCAUAUUUACGCAUAGAAUACCCUAUGUUAUUUGAGCUUAGCAAUCUUUCUGCUGGACGAGUCACUCAUUGUGGAGUCCUAGAAUUUGUUGCUGAUGAAGGACUGAUAUAUUUACCAUACUGGAUGAUGGAAAACAUGCUCCUGCAAGAGGGACAGAUAGUGCAAGUGAAGAAUGCCAGCCUAGCAAAGGGAACAUAUGUGAAGCUGCAGCCACACACCAAGGACUUCUUAGAUAUCUCCAACCCCAAAGCAAUCUUGGAAACUUCUUUAAGGAGCUACUCUUGUUUGACAACUGGUGAUACUAUCAUGGUUGCUUAUAACAAUAAGAAGUAUUACAUUGAUAUAGUUGAAACAAAACCCUCUUCCGCAGUCAGUAUUAUUGAAACUGACUGCGAGGUUGACUUUGCCCCUCCUCUUGAUUAUAAAGAACCUGAAAAACCAGCACCAUCAGCUCCGUUGAAAAAGACACGCCUAGAAGAUCAAGAAGAGCCUGCCAGAAAGAUACCCAAGUUCAGCCCAUUCACCGGUUUUGGCAGACGUUUGGAUGGGAAACCCUCAACCCAACCGGUUGCACCAGCUGCUUCUCCCAAGCUUAAGCAACAUCAACCAGAGGCUCAUAAUGGAACCGAGGAUUCUAAGUCAUCUAAGCCUGCCUCGCAACAACCUGCUGGAAAGCUUGUGUUUGGUUCAAAUGUCAACCAACCACAAAAAGCAGCACCAAAAGUUGCCCCAGAGAACAACAGUCAAGAGCAGCCUCAAAAGGUGGAAGAGCCAAAGUUUCAAGCAUUCACAGGGAAAAAGUAUUCUCUGAAAGGCUAAUCGUAAUGAAAAGCUUUUCCACUCGUCUCAACAGAUAGGAGAUAAAAUCUGGCCAGUUUGGAAAUGGAAUAUCCUAAAUUCCUAACCCAGUAGGUCUCCUGCAUUUGCUUCUUUUCAGGACUCAUAUGUGUUCAUAUGAACAAAAAUUUAUUGCUCUGGAGUUGAGAUGGACUCUGACGAUUCAAAUAUUAUGUGCAUACUGUAUAGAAGACUAGAGGUUAUUUUAUAUUAAGCAUUUAUUGAUUUUGACUAA